ACAUCAGUCAUAAAGUGGGCACCCCCCGCCACUACACGACAUGCUCAGCCAGAUGUUCUGACUCCGGCGGUCAUCUCGACACGUCGCCGUCGUGCGGACGGACCUACCCCCCAACCGCAACCCUCACCAUGCACGUCCCGCACACCGGAGAAGGUUUCCCCGUCACCCGCACAGGCUAUCUUUGAUGGACCCGACGAAAGAUCCCCCGCCAUCGCCGCACUACCACUUUCGCUUUCACCACCGCCAGCCGGGGAAUUUGUUGCUCAUACGGAAAAUUCGAGGAAAAAUAUUAAACGGAAAAAUGCUCGCAUGCAAAAGGUUAAUACGCCGGGCUUUAUUGAAAUUGAGUCUUCGCUUAGCCGCACGAUCGUGUGGUAUUUUAGGAAAAAUAUCGAUAAUAUAGUCAGUUACCGCGCAUUCCUAAAUUCAAUAGAGUACGAAUUAAUCGCGAAAUUACGUGAGCGCGUGCGUAUUAACCCGAUAAAAUACAAUCUGAAAUUAGAGGCUACAUACGUCAUUCCCAACUUGCAUAAUUCAGAUCAAAACCGCGCGUUUAAAACUUCGGCCCGCGAACUUUACGCACACAGCAACGUCGAGUCGUUGAUUGAUCGUGAUUUUUCCGCGCUUCUGGCCGAAGAGGACUGUUAUGCCGGGAAAUACAGUGGGUUCACCUUAUCGCACAUCGACGGUUUGCUCUUGGGUGUAUACGAGUACACGCCUAUGGGGGGAUCGUCGUACUUGUCGUUACCGGAAAGUAUUCUCAACCGGAAUGCCGUUGUCAACCCUCAAAAUAUCGACCGGCAAUGUUUCAAGUGGGCGAUCCUAGCCAAACACGUACUUCGCGAUCGCACGCGAGUAGGCGCAAAUUAUUCGAGGGAAGAACACCGUUACGACUUUUCUGCACUAUCAACCCCCACUCCGGUGUCCGAGAUAGAAUUGUUCGAAAGAUCGAAUCCGGGAACGACCGUAAAUUUAUACGGUAUAAGAAGUUGCGAGAAAAAUAAAAAAUCAAGCACACAAUCAGCCGCGUACCCGCUGCGCGUUGCGAACGAAGAAAAGGCAAAUCAUUUCGACUUGCUACUGAUAACCGGGAAGGAUGGAGAGAAUCAUUAUGCCUAUAUUUCGAAUUUUUCACGCCUAGCCAGCCCGCAAAAAAACAAUCAUGAGCAUCGUUUAUUUUUCUGCAAGCGAUGUUUUACCAGUUUCGAGGACCGACCAUUAAAACAUAAAUUACACGGCGAGCGGGCGCUGGCUAAACAUCGCUUACUGUGCGGUGCACACAAACCCGUAUUGCCUUUGAUGCCGAAAGAGGGAGAUACGCUCGAAUUCAAGGCGUGGCGUAAAACGGAGCGUCUACCAUUUGUAGUGUACGCAGACUUCGAAGCCCUAUUACUGAAAACAUCUCAGAAACAAGGUGCUAAUACCACGGCGAUACAUACACACCACCCAAUGAGUUACGGUUACCUGGUUGUCGCAGCGGAGGGUGUGCCGAUAGAGUUGUUCGAGCAGUUUAAUAUCCCGAGGGCACCCGUCAUUUUCCGCGGCUCGGCGACUGACGACGAAGUGGCCAAGCGUUUUGUUCUCACCAUCCUCGAUGUGGCUGAUAGGAUAGCCAGAUUGUAUAAAGAAGUUAACGUACCGAUAAUUAUGAGUGUUGAGGAUUGUCGGGUACACGACGGCAAGACGCUGUGCGAGUUGUGCGGUGGUACAUUCACCGAGCAUAACUGUAAAACUGCACAUCACGAUCACUUGUCGGGUCGUUUUCUAAAAACAUUGUGUAACACGUGCAACCUCAAAUUAAAAACACCUAAUUUCGUACCAUGCUUCCUACAUAAUCUGUCCAACUAUGACGCGCAUUUUAUCGUGACAAAUUUGGCGAACGACGACAAUAACCGAAUAUCUGUAAUCGCGAACACCGAGGAGAAGUAUAUUUCAUUUUCGAAAUAUAUAAAUAACUCAUUCUCCGUCAGGUUUGUAGACACGUGUCGAUUCAUGGCGUCGAGCUUGGCGCACUUGGCGGAGAACCUCGUCUCCGCGAAUUUUGAUAAGUUUCGUGAAGUCGCUAAAUUUUUUACCCCGUCGGAGAUGGAGUUGGUCACGCGGAAAGGUGUUUAUCCGUACGAAUACACGGAUUCGUGGGAUAAACUGAACGUGACAUCGCUACCGGAUAAGUUCCAGUUCUACAGCGCGUUGACGGAGAUGCACGUUAGCGACGAAGACUACGAUCACGCAAUACGAGUUUGGAAUCAUUUCGGUUGCACAACGCUCGGCGCUUAUAGCGAUUUGUACCUUAAAGUCGAUGUGUUGUUAAGCGCCGAUGUGUUCGAAAAUUUCAGGGAUAUAUGUAUGGCCACAUAUCACCUGGACCCCGCGCACUACUACACGUCACCCGGGUUCAGCUUUGACUGCAUGUUGAAACUUACGAAAGUUCAACUUGAACUUUUAAUUGAUUUCGAGAAAGUGUUGUUUUUGGAGUCUGGUACGCGCGGUGGUCUGGUGCAGGCCAGCAAGCGUCACGCGCGUGCCAACAAUCCUGAGACGCCCGGAUACAAUGCGGAAGAACCCAACACGUCACUCAUAUACUUAGAUGCAAACAAUUUGUACGGGUACGCGAUGUGCCAGUAUAUGCCGAUUGGGGAUUUCGUAUGGUACGCGGGAAAUCCAGAGGUCGCGCUGGCUCAGUUAGAGUGGAUGCGCGCGACGGACGAUGUGGGUAGAUUUUACGAGGUGGAUAUUAUAUACCCUCAGGAUCUGCACGACGCCCACAACGAUAUGCCGUUCUUGCCUCACGCCAGCAUCCCGCACGGGUCGACUGUCCGAAAGUUGAUGGUCACAUUUCUGCGGAAAGAACGCUACGUGGUUCAUUAUAUGAAUUUAAAACAGGCCAUGGCUCAUGGCGUCGUAGUCGAAAAAACGCACAGAGUGUUAGAGUUCCGCCAAUCUCCAUGGCUGGCCCCGUACAUAAAUCUCAACACUGAAUUACGCAGGCAGGCAAAAAACAAAUUCGAAGAAAAAUUUUUUAAGGAUUUAAACAAUUCAGUGUACGGAAAAACUUUUGAGAAUAUGCGCCUACGAUUCAAUUUGGAACUUGUAUCGUGCCCGCGCAGGAUGCGAAAGCUCAUAAACCGUCCAACGUUCAAGUACUGCACGACGUAUAAUGAAAAUCUCUCGGUGGUCACGCAACAUAAUAAAGAAGUGGAUUUUUGUAAGCCGAUAUACAUAGGGUUUGCUGUACUAGAACUGAGCAAAGUUUUGAUGUACGGAUUCCAUUACGAUGUAAUGAAACGACAUUACGGAGAUAAGAUCGAGCUGCUCUAUACCGAUACUGAUUCACUAUUCUACCGAGUGACGACGAACGAUUUCUUCGGUGACCUGAUAAAAAAUCCUAAUUUGAUGCGGUUUAUGGACACCUCGAAUUUCGCACACGAUCACAAGUGCUAUACAGCUGCUCGGAAGCGCAUUCCGGGACUUUUUAAAUUCGAGUGUGACUCCAGGACGGUCUACGAAUUUGUAGCUUUACGGGCCAAGUCUUAUGCAUACGACGUGGAACAGGAGGUCACAAUUCGCGCAAAGGGUGUCAUGAGACACGUUAUUAGAAAUCACCUCACUUUCGCCGAACAUAAGCGGUGCUUAUUCGCCGACGUGGGCGACGAUGCGGAAUCCGACGAGUGCGACGACGAAUUCGACGCUAGUAUGGGAAAAAUGAUCGCUGCCGACUCCGCGCUGAAAGCUGUCGCACAAAUUCAUCGGAACGCCUCAACCUCUGCAACAAAUUCACCGUCGACCACACAUCCGUCCCAUGUUUACAGCUACAUGCCAUUCACGCCGUAUAGGGAAAAUGUCUCUAUACGGUCGUUUAAACACGAAUUGCGUACGAUUAGGACUAUGAAAUUAGUUUUAAACAGGGCUGACGAUAAGCGUCAUGUGCUACCCGAUAACAUUUCCACGUACGCACACGGUCAUCACCGCAUAAAUUUUUAAAUUUUUAUUAUAUUGUUAUUAUUUUUAUUAUUAUUGUUAAAUUAUCACAU